AUGCCUUGGCUUGCUCUCGUGGUCGUGGUCAUGGCCAUGGCGGCGGCCUGGUUGGUCCAUUUGGUACUGACCAGAUACUGGCCGAACCCGUGCAACAAAGCAGCUCAAGGUGCAAGGCUGCCGCCGGGGUCGAGGGGCUUCCCCCUCAUUGGUGAGUCGCUCGAGUUUUUCGCCGGGAGCCCGUCGCUCGAGCUGCUCCCUUUCUUCAAGCGACGCCAAGAGAGAUAUGGUCCUAUCUUCAAGACGAAUUUGCUCGGUGAAAACCUGAUCGUGUCCCUGGACCCAGAGCUGAACAACCUAAUCUUCCAGCAAGAGGAGAAGUUGUUCCAGAUCUGGUAUCCAGAGUCGCUGAUGAGAAUAUUAGGAGCCGACUGCAUCAUCGCCACACUCGGGUCCUUCCACAAGCACCUCCGGAGUCUGGUCCUCAGGCUAUUCGGCCCUGAAAAUCUCAGGUUGGUUAUGCUUCAUGAUGUGCAGCGAAUUGCCCAUGCCAGUCUACUCUCCUGGCUUCAUCAGCCCAGCAUCGAACUCAAACAGGCUACCUCAAGUAUGAUAUUCAGCGUCACCGCAAAGAGGUUAAUCAGCUACGAUGAAUCCUCAAGCUCAGAAGGGAAGUUGUGGAUGCAAUUCAACGCAUUCCUUCAGGGACUACUAGCAUUUCCACUUUACAUUCCUGGGACAGCAUUCUACAAAUGUAUGCAGGGAAGAAAGAAUGUGAUGAAGAUUUUGAGGAAAUUGCUCGAUGAGAGGAAGAAGGAUGCACAUCGGGGGAGCAUUGACUUUCUUGAUCUCUUGAUCGAUGAUUUGAAGGAGAAGAAGCAUUUAAUGAACGAGAAUUUUGCCUUGGAUUUGCUCUUCCUGCUGCUCUUUGCCGGUUUUGAGACAACUUCAUCUGGGAUAACUGCUGCGCUUAGGUUCCUAUCCGAUGAUCCCAAGGCCCUGCAAGAACUCAUAGAAGAGCACGAUAACAUCCAGGAAAGAAGGGAUGAUCCUGACUCUGAAAUCACAUGGGAAGAAUACAAGUCCAUGAAAUUUACAUCACAUGUUAUACAUGAAGCAUUAAGGCUGGGCAACAUCGCUCCGGUCAUGUUUAGAAAAGCCAUAGAGGAUGUUCAUAUAAAAGGUUACACUAUCCCAAAAGGAUCAAAGAUCAUGAUCAAUCCUUCUAGUGCUCAUUUAAAUCCUAAAAUUUACAAUGAUCCAAAUGCAUUCAAUCCAUGGAGGUGGAAGGAUAGGGCUGAACCGGUUGGUGGUGCCUCCAAGGAAUUCAUGGUAUUCGGCGGAGGGUUGCGGUUAUGUGUUGGUGCUGACUUUGCUAAGAUGCAAAUAGCUAUCUUUCUUCAUUGCUUAGUUACUAAAUACAGAUGGAAAGUGAUUAAGGAAGGAACCAUGGUGCUUUCCCCUGGACUACAAUUCCCAGAUGGGUUUCACAUCCAACUUCUCCCAAAAGCUUGA